AUGGCAAUCGAUAUUCCCACCUUUGCCUCGACGCAGAUUUCGCUUCUGGCGGCGGAGCUCCAAGCUGAAGUGGACGAGACGUCGAUGCUAGUGUCGCUUCAUAGCCCGACUGCUCUCCAGCGCGCGGGGGUUGCGCUGACGAACCUGACGGUUUUGUCGCAGAGGACGGGGUUGGGGGGGAAGACUGUUGUUGAGGUGGGGCCGGAUGGUGCGUUUAGUUGUUCGGGUGAUUUGCCCGAGCAUGGGAUUCGAAGUGGGGAUAUUGUCUUGCUGGCUGAGCAGCCGGCCGCCAGUGGGAAGAAGAGGGAGGUGAAGGAGUUGGAACGGAAGGGGGUUAAGGGGGUUGUGACGAGGGUGGGGAGGCAGGGUUUGGGGAUUGCUGUUGGGGAGGAUGGGGAGGGGGAGGGGGAGGUGGUGGGGGGGGAUAGGAGGGUUUGGAUUGUUAAGUUGGCUGAUGAGGUGACGUGGAAGAGGAUGAAUGGGACGAUGGAGAAGAUGGCCAAGAUGGCGGAGGGGGAGUACUCUUAUUUUAUGAGGGUUCUCUUUGGCCUGACCACACCUUCGCCUGUUCCAGAGGAUUUGAGCAAGGAUGAAGAGGUGGGAGAAGGAAAGAUAAAGUGGUUUGAUACCAGUUUGAACGAGUCGCAGAAGGAUGCUAUUAGGUUUGCGUUGAAGAGUCAGGAGAUUGCUCUUAUUCAUGGCCCGCCGGGGGUAAGUUUCUUGUUUUUUUCUUUUUUUUUCCCUUUUUCCUUUUUAUAUACCAACUUACCCCCCAAAAAGACAGGGAAAACCCAUACCCUAAUCGAACUAAUCCUCCAACUCCUCGCCCUCAACCCCAACUCCCGCAUCCUCGUCUGCGGCCCCUCCAAUAUCUCGGUAGACAACAUCGUUGAGCGCCUCUCCCCGCACAAAAUCCCCUUGAUCCGCCUCGGCCACCCCGCCCGUUUGCUGCCCUCCGUCCUGAACCACUCUCUCGAAGUCUUGACUCGCACCAGCGAGGCGGGGGCCAUCGUCAAGGACGUCAGGGCCGAAAUGGACGCCAAACAAGCGUCUAUUCGAAAAACCCGCUCCGGGAAGGAGAGGAAGGCCAUCUACGCUGAUUUGAAGGAGUUGCGCAAGGAGUAUAGACAGCGAGAGAAAAAGUGCGUGAGUGAUCUCGUUGCCAAAAGCAAAGUCGUGCUCGCAACGCUUCAUGGCUCAGGGGGGUACCAGUUACGAGACGAAAAGUUUGACGUGGUGAUUAUUGACGAGGCGUCACAGGCGUUGGAGGCGCAGUGUUGGGUUGCGUUGCUGUCGGCUAAGAAGGCAAUCUGUGCUGGUGAUCAUUUGCAGUUGCCGCCGACUAUCAAAAGCUUGAACUCUUCUUCUUCUUCUUCUUCUUCUUCUUUUUCUUCUUCAAAGACUUCUUCAAAGUCUUCUUCUACCUCUGGGGAGAAGAAGACUGCAAAGACCAAGAAAGACACCGCCGCGAGCAGUACCCCCCCAACUAUCCCGAAAGGUGCCACGUUGGAAACGACAUUGUUCGACAGGCUCCUCUCCCUCCACGGGCCCAAAAUCAAAAGGAUGCUCACCACCCAGUACCGGAUGCACGAAUCUAUCAUGCGGUUCCCUUCUGAUGAGCUAUAUGAAGGGAAGCUGGUUGCUGCGGAGGGGGUCAAGGCUAGGUUGUUGAACCAGCUGCCUGAUGUGAGGGAUGUUGAUGAGACGAGGGAGCCGUUGGUUUUUAUUGAUACCCAGGGCGGGGAUUUUCCGGAGAAGACCGAGGAUGAGGAGGAGGAGGAGGAGGAGAAGAAGAAGAAGGGAGUGACGAAGAGGAGUUUGUAUGGGGAUAGUAAGAGGAAUGAGGGGGAGGCGAUGUUGGUGAGGGAGCACGUGAGAUGUUUGGUGGAGGACGGGGGGGUGAGGGCCGAGGAUGUGGCGGUUGUUAGUCCGUAUAAUGCGCAGCUCGCCCUCCUGGCCCCCCUCAAAGAGCAAUACCCCGGCAUAGAACUCGGCUCAGUCGACGGGUUCCAAGGCCGGGAAAAAGAAGCAGUGAUCGUCACGCUUGUGCGAAGCAACUCGGACGGAGAGGUCGGUUUCCUUGCCGAGAAGAGAAGACUCAACGUGGCCAUGACACGGCCAAAGAGGUCGUUGACUGUGAUUGGGGAUUCGGAGACGAUCAAGAAAGGCAGCAAAUUCCUCAAAAAGUGGAUGGAGUUCUUGGAAGAGAAUGCAGACUUGCGCUAUCCGGACCUUGCUUCUCUCACGGCUGCUGCUGCGAAGGCAUGA